AUCUCUCUUCAUUCAUUUGGAGAUGUCACCCAUCCUCAAAUCUAUCUGGACCUUAAAGAAUGGCAUACUUCUUUUCUUUACGCCUCUAAUUCUGCUUCCUCUUCCACUGUAUGUGGGUACAAGGGAGGCCAGCUGUGCUUACGUGAUAUCACUGAUGGCAGUGUACUGGUGCACAGAAGCUCUCCCUCUGGCUGUGACUUCUCUGCUGCCUGCUCUCCUCUUUCCUCUGUUCGGCAUCAUGAAGUCAAAACAGGUGUGCAUUCAAUAUCUAAAGGACACUAAUAUGUUGUUUGUGAGUGGCCUAAUGGUGGCUGUAGCUGUCGAGCACUGGAACCUACACAAGCGCAUUGCUCUCCGAGUGCUGCUCCUCGUAGGAGUGCGUCCAGCACUUUUAAUGCUUGGGUUCAUGGGUGUUACAGCCUUCCUCUCCAUGUGGAUCAGUAACACCGCCACCACAGCAAUGAUGGUCCCCAUAGUGCAGGCAGUCCUGGAGCAACUGAACAACCAGGAAAUUGAAACAGUCCCACUGAACUCCAGCGUGGAGCCCAACCAGGCAUCAGACACACAAAACAAUGAGCUGGUUAAACAAAAAGAAGGGCAAGCAGUGGUGUUAAGUGGUCUGAACAUGUCAACUGAAGUUACCAGGCAUCAGCAGGCAUCAGAGAAAAAAAAGAUAUGUAAAGGCAUGACAUUGUGCGUGUGCUAUGCUGCCAGCAUUGGGGGAACAGCCACCCUGACAGGCACAGGCCCCAACCUGGUACUCAAGGGACAGAUGAAUCAACUGUUCCCACAAAAUGGUGAUGUCAUCAAUUUUGCAUCCUGGUUUGGCUUUGCAUUUCCAAACAUGAUCCUGAUGCUAGCAUUAGCCUGGCUGUGGCUGCAGUUUCUUUUCAUGGGGUUCAACUUUAGGAAGACAUGGGGUUGCAAGGCAAUGAAGACAGAGAAAGAGAUUGCGGCGUAUAAUGUAAUCCGAGAGCAGCACCGGCUGCUGGGUCCCAUGACAUAUGGAGAGUUCAGUGUGUUGGCUCUUUUUAUUCUACUUGUUAUCCUGUGGUUCACCAGAGAUCCUGGAUUUGUGGCCGGCUGGGCCACACACACGUUCAACUCAGAAGCUGAGUAUGUGACAGAUGCCACGGUGGCAGUUCUCAUCGCUGUGCUUCUUUUCAUUCUGCCAUCAACACCGCCGACCCUUUGUUGCUGGCCACCUGCUAGUCCUGGUCCAGCUCUGCUUACAUGGAAGGUAGUUCAGAGGAAAAUGCCCUGGAACAUAGUUUUGCUCCUUGGGGGAGGAUUCGCACUGGCCAAAGGGAGUGAGGAAUCAGGUCUAUCCAGAUGGAUGGGGAAUCAGUUGACACCUCUGCAUAGUAUUCCUCCUUGGGCUAUAGCUGUUGUCCUAUGUCUGUUGAUAUCCACUUUCACUGAGUGCACCAGCAAUGUGGCAACAGCUACCCUCUUCCUCCCGGUUCUGGCCUCCAUGUCACACUCCAUUGGAAUGAACCCCUUGUAUGUCAUGGUGCCCUGCACACUCAGUGCUUCUUUUGCCUUCAUGUUACCCGUGGCAACACCUCCCAAUGCCAUUGUAUUCUCCUAUGGCUACCUCAAGGUUUCGGACAUGGCAAAAGCUGGCAUAAUGAUGAACAUUAUAGGGAUCUUCUGCAUCACACUGGCCAUCAACACCUGGGGAAAGGCAAUGUUCCAUUUGGACUCGUUUCCUUCAUGGGCCAACAGCACAGGCUUGUGAAAGCCAUGAGAGAUGCAAGUAAAGAGACAAAGCAAACAAUUCAAAGCCCAAAUAUGGGCUUUUCAUCUUCCAUCUGUAAUGGGCUAGCCAUGUGUUUUGUUUUGGGGGUUUUUCUACAGCUCCUAUUAUUAACACAAACAGCCUGAUUCAGUAAGUUGCAAUUGUUGCAAAUGUUUUCAUCUACAUGGAAUUGUAUAUUACAGAAAUUAACUUCCAAGUCAUUGAUGCCAGGGUUUGAUUAGUGUUUCUAUAAAUAUAAUGCAUAUUUAAGGUAACUAUGGAUUACAUUUGAAAAGAAAACAGUCAUUAAAUCUCAGUCUAUGUGUCACCAGGGAAGUGCAAUUAUAAUUAUGAGUCUUGUGUUUACUAAGUUGAGUUUUUUAUUUUGACUAAGAUUCAUAUGCCAGCAUUUGUUGUAGAAAUUAUCAUCUCUGUCAAUUUUGGAUUAAUAUUAUUAUAUAUUAUUAGUCAUAUUUAUUAA